GCCAGCCAUUAGCGGCAAGUAACCAAAGACAUUUCCGAUGACACAAGCGACAUUCUUCCUAGUCAUGUUCUACAUAGCCCUCCUCGGCCUCGGCAAGGGCAUUUCCGGCGCAUCGCCGCUAGCAGCGGCGGCGGCACCGCGGCCACGAGACUGCCCUGACAAGUGUGGGGACAUAACCGUCCCCUACCCAUUCGGCAUCGGCCGCGGUUGUUCGCGCCCCAACUUCAACCUCAAUUGCAGCGAGGGGGUACUGCUCAGAGGCAACAACAUCCAAAUCGAAAGCAUAACGCUGGAGACGGCACAGAUUGUCGCCUACCUCUCGUCAACAUACAGCUGCAACGCGCAGGGAAGGAGAUCACGGUCACAGAACAUGUCCUUCAACCUGGGCAGUGGCCUGUUCCUCCUGUCGCCGGCGGACAACGUUUUCACGGCCAUCGGCUGCAGUCUAGAGGCGAGGCUCAACGGCCGCAUCGGCUCCGCCUCCGCCAACCGCUACCUCACGGGCUGCAUCACGACCUGCACCAGCGUAGACCUGGACGAUAUCGGGCAGGAAGGCGCGCCGUGCAGUGGCCAAGGCUGCUGCCAGGCCUCCAUUGCUCCCGGCCUCAGCUAUGUUGCAUCACGCUGGGGCAAGGACAAGCAGAACAACAAUCCAGUGCCCGACAACACAUGCCAAUAUGCCUUCGUGGCCAAGAAAGGCUGGUACAAUUUUAGUCAAUCAGACCUCGUCGGGAAGAAUUUUGCCAACAAACUUGUCAAGGGCACGGUCCCACUUGUUCUUGAUUGGGCCAUCAGGAACGGGAGAUGUCCGUCGCCACAGCACAAUGGCAACAAGGAUAUUCCCUAUGGAGUCUGCAUUAGCACCCACAGCUACUGCGUUAAUUCCAGUAAUGGCCCAGGCUACUUCUGCAAUUGCAGCGAGGGAUACGUCGGCAAUCCCUACGAAGGCAACGGAUGCAAAAAUAUUAAUGAGUGUGAGCCAUCGACGUGGCCAAAGUCAAUAAAGUACGGAAACUUAUUUCCUUGUCAUGGUGGGAAAUGCCGCGAUGUGGAUGGUGACUAUGAAUGCAAUUGCAAUUUUGGACGAAGAGGUGACGGUAAAAGUGACAAGGGUUGUGAACCUGUAUUGUCCUCAGCUGCAGUUGUCGUGAUAGGAACAAUUAGUGCCAUAUUCAUAUCAGCAUUACUACUGCUAUUCGUACACAUGGAGCAUGAGAAAAGAAAGCUUAGUGAUCGUUACAACAUGAAUGGCGGAAAGUUGCUGAAAAGCAUCAAGAUCGAGAUUUUCAAAAAGGAGGAGCUAGACAAAAUAACCAAGAAUUAUAGUACUAUAAUAGGAAAAGGUGCCUUUGGUGAGGUCUACAAGGGAACUACUCGUGAAUACAUGCAGGUUCCGGUCAAACGCUCCAUUGCAAUCAACAAGGAUCGCCAGAAGGAUUUCGCCAAUGAGAUUCAAAUCCAGUCACAAAUAAGUCACAAGUAUCUGGUCCAGCUGUUGGGGUGUUGCUUGGAGACAGAAGUUCCUAUGUUGGUCUAUGAGUUCGUGCCAAGGGGAAGCCUCUACGACGUUCUUCAUGGCAAGAAUGGCAAUAUGAGAAGAGAUCCUAUCUCCCUACGAGCACGCCUCGACAUUGCCAUCUGCUCCGCGGAUGCCCUUGCAUACAUGCAUUCACAGGCGAGUCAGAAGAUCCUACAUGGAGAUGUGAAAUCCGGAAACAUCCUCCUUGAUGAUGAGUUCAUGCCUAAGGUGUCGGACUUCGGUACGUCGAGGCUUAUGUCCAUUGAAAAGGACCACACCAAUUGGGUGAUCGGGGACAGUAGCUACAUCGACCCCGUGUAUAUGAAGACUGGACUCCUCACAGAGAAAAGCGAUGUGUACAGCUUUGGGAUCGUGGUGCUGGAGCUCAUUACGCGGAAGAAGGCAAGGUAUGAUAGGAACAACAGUCUUCCAUUAAACUAUAUCAAGGCUUCUAUGGAAGGGGCUACAGGGCAGAUGUAUGAUACAGAGAUUCUGUCCAGCGGGGAGGAUGUGAAGUGCCUCGGCGAGGUUGGACUGAUCGCACUGCAAUGCCUAGAAGUUGAUGUGGAUGACAGACCAACCAUGAUCGAAGUCGCGGAGAAGAUUAAAAGGUGUAAGAGUCGGUGGCUGCAAAGCCAUUGGCAUGGGAAGACCAAAGCAUUGUGAUAUCUGUUGUGUGACUAGUGGAAUUAUUUUGUUUUGCCGGUGUUCUCUGGUGCAGUUUUACUUAUCAUACCUUGUGACGUGGAGGUGUGUGAUUGUGUUUACUUAAUGUCAAAGUAAAUUGUGAUAAAAUAUUGUGUAUAAUAAAGGCAGGUCGCCUGGCUAA